UUCAAUUUAAUUCUCCUGAAACUAAAUUUCUCUCAAAUUUGUUACUGUAAGAAAGGGGCAGAAAGAGAAAGGAAAUCAGAGAUCGCAGAGGCUAUCGAAGAUUGGAAGAGAGAAUGUGGAAAUGCAAAAAUCUGUGGGUGCGAUAGGAGAACGCGGAACAGAGAAUUGCAAGAGAGAACCAGUGAACAACUUUCCCAGCAGCUUCCAGUUACGAUUCCGUCCCCAAUUUCGGUGCUGCAUUCUCACGUCCUUGGAACUCCGAUUCCAACUCCAAAAAACGGAGGGAAGACAUGGGUGCCAAUGAGAACAGUAGUGCAAAACCAAGAGUGCGCCCAAUUGUACGCUUAGGGAUCUUUCUCAUCUCUCACAGCAACAUUGUCAGCUUGGUUUGUUUCCUGGCAGGGGUGGUGGCUCUUCUCCUUCUCCCUGUCCUUGCCAAGAAUACCUACAUUUCCGAGAAUGCCCUUAUGCCAGGUUCUGCAAACAACAUGCUUUCUACUCACCAUGUCUCAGAUGCAAAUAAAUUCAUCAAGGACUUAACUGAUCUUGAGUUCACUUCUAUGGCCUCACCUAUUGAGAGUCAAAAGCUUAUUGCUCGGUAUAUGUCAGCUUUGGAUGCUGAAGUUACUUUCCACAAGUUUUACCCUCAAUUCAGUCAGUUCCAUCCACUGCACUUCUUUACCAGUCCUGAUUCAGGUAUAAUCUCCAAAAAUGGAACUUGUUCUUCGUUUGGAGUCAACACUAUUGGAAUUAUUAGGGCACCACGUGGGGAUGGAAAGGAAGCUAUUGUCUUGGUGACACCUUAUAAUCCAAGCAAAGUUGGUUUGGGUGAGGCUGUGUCCUUGGGCAUUGCUUACUCUGUGUUCUUGCUGCUUUCGCGUGUUACUUGGCUGGCAAAGGAUAUCAUAUGGCUUGUGGCUGAUUCACAAUAUGGAGAAUAUUCUUCGGUGGCUGCUUGGCUAAGAGAAUAUCAGGCCCCUGUUUUCCACAAAGUUGAUGUAGUUACUAGUGAAGCAUGUAAUGAGAGCAGCAGUUUUAAUGAACUUGGACAGGGUCUUUAUUUGGAUGGAAAGUUAAGUGGUGAUUUUAGACGUGCAGGAACUAUGGCAGCAGCUCUUGUUAUUAAAGUUGUUGACCAAGGUAACCAGUAUGAAGACAGUCUUAAUAUUUAUGCAGAAGCAUCCAACGGCCAGAUGCCAAACCUUGAUCUUAUCAAUAUAGUAAAUUAUAUGGCAGUGCAUAAACAAGGAUUGCGGAUAAAAGUGAAGAAGAUGUGGUCUCUGAUUGACUCCUGGUGGCUCAAUACUUUGGGUGUUAUAUUUGAAUCCUUGGGAAAAGUCGCUAGAAGCUUAAAUCCUCAGUUGAAGUUUGGUAUUCCUGCUUCUGACUAUGUUGAAGGUGCUGCUACGCUGGCAAGUUCAUUGUAUUACCAGGGUUUGGGUGUUCCCACCGGCCCUCAUGGUGCCUUCCGUGAUUAUCAAGUUGAUGCAAUCACUCUGGAAAUUUCACCAAAAGUUUCUCUUACUAAACUGAACAGGCGUAAUGAAUUCAUGCUUCGUGGUGGAAGGUUAAUUGAAGGAGUCAUACGCUCAAUAAACAACCUUCUUGAGAAGUUUCACCAGUCGUUUUUUUUGUAUCUCUUGACUUCUCCUGGUAAGUUUGUGUCGGUUGGAGUUUACAUGAUUCCAUUUGCAUUACUCGUCGCACCACUUCCGAUAGUUGCAGCAUAUCUUCAUGCCAAUGGUAGUAAUUCCACUCCCCAAAACCCAUCAUCCUCCUUAGAAGUUGAUGGCAGCCACAAAUCAUGGGAAUGGUUGAAUUCCGCUAGGAAGGUUUUGGUCAUUCAUUUAUGGGGUGUUUUUGUCUCCUUACUCCCAUUUUUCCUACGUCAAGUACCCAAUACCACCCUAACGAUGAACUUUGUAUUGUGGGGUUUUCUAUCAAUUUUUAGCUUGCUGAUUUUAUACUUGACACUGGAUUGUCCAAUUUUCAAAGCAUCUGCAUCUCAACUUGAGAAAAACAAGUGGACUAGCUUAAAGUCUGUAACCAUAUCAACAGCAUUCAUCGGUUUGUCUCUCAUGUCCGUCAUUAACUUCGCUACUGCAGAAAUUGGGGCUUUACUUAUUGUCCCAAUUUGUCUAUUGGCUAGACCAUUGAAGCUUGAUAUUCAAGCUAGGAGCUGGAGAACCUUACUAAGGGCCUCAUGUAAUAUUGUUUUAGGAUUUGUUGUGUUUUCUCCGGUUUCAUUUGUUUUACUUAAAGGUGCAUUUGAAGAUUUUUAUGGUAUUAAUGUUGGUGACUAUUGGAAGUGGGUGGAAUCCCUUUGGGCUUGGAACAGUGCCACAUACCUCUAUAUAGGUGUUGUUCAUCUACCAUGCUGGGCACUGUGUAUUCACAUUUUAUUUCAUCCAUGCUGACAUGUACUAUUACUUAGCCAGACUAGCUAUUCAAUUGAGAAUUUGAGAAUUUUAUUAUCUU